CGCUGCAGCCAGCUGAUGUGCGCUGUGAGCGGAAGUAGAAAGUGACAGGCUGACUGGGCUUUAGGUUUGGUAAGCCUAGCUGCUCAUCCGUGUCUCCAAAGCAGAAACACAGAACUCAGCUUGCAAUGAUGCUUUGGUUUCAGGGUUCAAUUCCUGAUGCCAUUAAAUCGGCUAAACAACGGAGUUUGGUCUUUGUCGUUGUCAUCACAGGAGAAGAUGAACAGUCAGCACAGCUGAUGUCCAGCUGGGAGGAUGACAGGGUCUCAGAGGCAGCCCAGAAAUGUUGCGUGGCCAUCAAAGUGGAGGCCAAGAGUGACACGUGUGCACAGUUCUCCCAGAUUUAUCCAGUGGUGUGCGUACCAUCGAGCUUCUUCAUUGGAGAGAACGGGAUUCCUUUGGAGGUCAUCGCUGGAAGUGUGUCUGCUGAAGAACUGAUAAAGAGAAUCAACAGAGUUGAUCAGAUGCACACUCAGGAGAGUGGAAGUGGGACAGUGUCAUCAGAGGCAGAUGAUCCUGUAGCGACCAGCUCAGCCACAGAACCUGCCUCAGCUUCAGCAGUGCCUCUAUCAUCUACAGAAACCACAGAGCCUGUAGCAGAAGCAGCAGGAGUGUCUCCCUCAAGUCCAGAGAAUGCAUCUUUAGAUCAUCCGACUCAGGGUGAAGAAAACUUGGAUGCUAAGGUGGAACGAUUGACCAAGAAGCUGGAGGAGAGACGAGAGCAAAGAAAGAAAGGAGAAGAAGAGAAUGAAAUCAGAAAGGAAAUGGAGAGACGGAAAGUGGGGAAAGACAUGCAGGACUUCAAGAGGAAACAAGAAGAGGAGAAAACCAAGCGACUCUUAGAUGAAAGGAAUAGAGAGAAGGCAGAGGAGAAGGCUGCCAGGGAACGGGUCAAACAGCAAAUUGCUAUGGACCGAGCUGACAGAGCAGCGCGCUACACCAAAACACGAGAGGAUGAAAAGGCUGCUAAGCUGGCGCUGCUGCAGGCCAGGCAGGCAGAAGAGGAGGCCAGGAAGGAGGCAUUAGUUAGGGAGAGGAGUACCAUAGCAAGGAUCCAGUUCCGCCUCCCAGACGGCUCCUCCUUCACCAACCAGUUCCCCUCACAGAGUAGACUGCAGGAGGCUCGAAACUUCGCUGCUCAGGAAGUUGGCAACCGCUAUGGAAACUUUUCCCUCGCAACCAUGUUCCCUCGGCGCGAGUUCACCAGUGAAGACCUAAACAAGACUCUGCUAGAACUGGACCUGGCUCCAAGUGCUUCUGUUGUUCUUUUGCCACAAUCAGGCAGGCCUGCAAACACAGUGGUCCAGUCCUCUGGUGGUGGCAUUUGGGCAGUUCUGGGUACACUCCUCUACCCUCUGCUGGCUGUAUGGAGAUUUCUCAGUUCCUUUGUGUUUGCAACACCACCCCCCUCUGCAGCAUCUGUCCAGCCCAGGGGUCCCGCUCAACAGUCCAGCUCUUACAACAGCUCAUCAGCCUCAAACAAGGCAAAGAGGGGAAAUCUCUCCAAACACACGUUGGAGAACCGUCCCAAGGAAUUCAAGAAAGAUGGUAAAGUCUGUAGGCUCAGGACUCAGGAGGACAGUGAGGAUGACAACAACACUUGGAAUGGAAACUCCACCCAGCAGAUGUAGUACUCUCACUCUGUUGCUGUGAAUUAGUUCAGUCUGACCAGUUCCAGAUUUCUGCUGCACGUAGACCUGAUCUCUUUUUCGUUUUCUCUUACUGUGUUCCAGCCCUAUGCUCUGCACCAUGGGUAGCUCGGUUAUAAUAAUCCACAGAGCCUCCUUUGGGCUUAAUCUCAGUGCUUUGUGUUAAUUUUGACAUGAUUCUGACACUUAAUUAGGCUCCGAUUUUAGCAGGUUGAAACCCCUGCGACCAUAAAAGACUACACCAGCACCACCUCUUUCAGUUACAGCUCCUAUGUGAUUACUGUUAAGUACAUGAGGCGGUUAAACCAAACUGACUUUGUGGAGAAAAUGACAGAAAAGAGUUGACCUACAGGUCUUGUAAUCUGAGUCCAGCUUUAUGUUUUGGAGUCACUGCGUUUUGAAAAGUGCGCACUGGUAUGUCUGCUGCUGCAGUCAGAGUUCUACCAAGUGAGACGCAGCACACCUUCACAGGACUGUUGGGAUUAGUUGGCAGUGGGUGACUGUUGUAGUUCUUCUAAUUCAACAUUAAAAAUCAAAGCAGCUUGUUUUUGUUUUGUUUUGGGGUUUGUUUUUUUUAAAUAAAAUCACUUAAACUGUG